AUGACGGCAAGACAAACCACCAUCAAGGCAAUAUCGGAUGCCUUCCUUCUUGUGAAUCCAAACGUAGACUUUGACCAAGGCCAACUCAAAGACUUGGACGAGUCCAACAGUGAUGAUAUUAUUGUAAUAUUCACAUUCAAAAUUUGUGGUUGCGAACUGCCAGUGACCUACAUCACUCUAUCAAACCCAACAAGUUUUCAAGAGUGCCGAAUAUUUAAUAACAAAUGGUGGCCAACCUCAAAGAAAUUUAGAGCUGGAACAUUUAAAAUGUAA